AUGGCGGACCCGGCAGCCCUGGAGGAGCUGGCCAAGCUCGAAUACCUGUCCCUCGUCUCCAAGGUCUGCACCGAGCUCGACAACCACCUGGGCAUCAACGACAAGGACCUGGCCGAGUUUGUGAUAAGUCUUGCUGAAAAAAAUACCACGUUUGACACGUUUAAAGCAGUUCUUCUUAAGAAUGGUGCUGAGUUCACUGAUUCCCUUAUUAGUAACUUGCUACGUCUCAUACAGACAAUGCGGCCUCCACCAAAACCAUCUACGAGCAAAGAGACAGUUGUCAAACCCAAAUCGGAGAAGGAAAAGUUGAAGGAGUUGUUUCCAGCCCUUUGCAGGCCAGACAAUCCCAACAUCAGGAAUAUGCUGGAUGAAGAUGAUGUGAAGGUGGCAGCUGAUGCACUUAAAGAGCUUGAAGCUCUGAUGCCCAGUGCAGACAGGCAAGGCAGGCAAAGGAGCAGCGACCACCGGGCAAAGAAAAAGAGAAAGAGCCGCAGUCGUAGCAGAGACAGGAAACGAAGGCACAGAUCUCGCUCCAGGUCUCGUUCUAGGACACGGGAUAAGAACAGGGGAAAAUCCAGAUACCGGUCAAGGAGCAGAAGUGGGAGUCCCAGUAGGGACCGUAAGGAUCGAGAGAAGUACAUGGAGAAGAGCAGUGAGAGAUGGAGAGACAAGCACAUAGACCGUCCACCGCCAGAGGAGCCUUCCAUUGGAGACAUUUACAAUGGCAAAGUCACAAGUAUAAUGCAGUUUGGAUGCUUUGUGCAGCUAGAAGGACUGAGGAAGCGUUGGGAGGGCUUGGUCCAUAUCUCGGAGCUUCGAAGAGAAGGACGGGUUGCCAAUGUUGCUGAUGUUGUGAGCAAAGGACAAAGAGUAAAAGUCAAAGUGUUGUCCUUUACUGGAUCCAAAACCAGCCUGAGCAUGAAGGAUGUUGAUCAAGACACUGGGGAAGACCUGAACCCGAACCGGAGGAGAAACCUGAUUGGAGAAACCAAUGAAGAAACCUCUAUGAGAAAUCCAGACAGGCCCAGUCACCUGUCCCUGGUGAAUGCCCCAGAGGUGGAGGAUGAUAGUUUGGAACGAAAACGCCUCACCCGCAUUUCAGACCCAGAGAAAUGGGAAAUUAAACAGAUGAUCGCAGCUAAUGUGCUUUCCAAAGAAGAGUUUCCCGACUUUGAUGAGGAGACUGGGAUCCUUCCUAAAGUUGAUGAUGAAGAAGAUGAGGACCUUGAGAUUGAGUUAGUUGAAGAAGAGCCGCCGUUCCUUCGAGGUCAUACUAAACAGAGCAUGGAUAUGAGUCCCAUCAAAAUAGUAAAGAAUCCAGAUGGUUCCUUGUCCCAGGCUGCAAUGAUGCAGAGUGCUUUAGCUAAAGAAAGACGAGAACUUAAACAGGCCCAGAGAGAAGCAGAGAUGGAUUCUAUUCCCAUGGGACUCAACACGCACUGGGUGGAUCCUCUCCCUGAUGUGGAUGGAAGACAAAUAGCUGCAAACAUGCGAGGUAUUGGGAUGAUGCCCAAUGAUAUCCCAGAGUGGAAGAAACAUGCAUUUGGUGGCAACAAAGCGUCUUAUGGUAAGAAGACCCAGCUUUCCAUCAUUGAGCAGAGAGAGAGUCUCCCAAUCUUCAGACUGAAGGAGCAGCUGAUACAAGCUGUGCAUGACAACCAGAUUCUGAUUGUUAUCGGAGAGACAGGAUCUGGGAAGACCACGCAGAUUACCCAAUAUCUGGCUGAAGCAGGGUAUACAUCAAGAGGGAAGAUUGGAUGUACUCAGCCUCGCAGAGUGGCUGCAAUGUCUGUUGCGAAGAGGGUGUCAGAGGAAUUUGGCUGCUGCUUGGGACAAGAGGUUGGCUACACCAUUCGAUUUGAAGACUGCACUAGCCCCGAAACUGUUAUCAAAUACAUGACAGAUGGUAUGUUACUGAGGGAGUGCUUGAUAGACCCAGAUCUGACCCAGUAUGCCAUUAUCAUGCUGGAUGAAGCCCACGAAAGGACCAUACAUACAGAUGUGCUCUUUGGACUCCUGAAGAAGACAGUGCAGAAGCGGCAGGAUAUGAAGUUGAUAGUGACGUCAGCAACGCUGGAUGCUGUGAAAUUCUCUCAGUAUUUCUAUGAAGCGCCAAUCUUCACAAUUCCUGGCAGAACAUACCCAGUAGAAAUUCUGUACACGAAAGAGCCAGAGACAGACUAUUUGGAUGCCAGUCUGAUUACAGUAAUGCAGAUCCACUUAACAGAGCCACCAGGUGACAUUUUGGUGUUUUUAACUGGUCAGGAAGAGAUUGACACUGCCUGUGAAAUCCUCUAUGAGAGGAUGAAAUCUCUAGGACCUGAUGUUCCAGAGUUAAUUAUCCUACCAGUAUAUUCAGCUUUACCCAGUGAAAUGCAAACCAGGAUCUUCGACCCAGCCCCACCAGGAAGCAGAAAGGUUGUUAUCGCCACUAACAUUGCUGAGACAUCUUUGACUAUCGAUGGAAUAUAUUACGUAGUUGAUCCUGGCUUUGUGAAGCAGAAAGUUUAUAACUCGAAGACUGGAAUUGACCAACUGGUUGUUACACCAAUUUCACAGGCUCAAGCAAAGCAGCGAGCAGGAAGGGCUGGGAGAACAGGACCAGGAAAAUGCUAUAGGUUAUACACAGAGCGUGCUUAUCGAGAUGAGAUGCUAACCACCAAUGUGCCUGAAAUCCAGAGAACAAAUCUGGCCAGUACUGUACUUUCCCUGAAGGCUAUGGGCAUCAAUGAUUUGCUCUCCUUUGACUUCAUGGAUGCUCCCCCAAUGGAGACUCUCAUAACUGCCAUGGAGCAGCUGUACACCCUGGGAGCUCUGGAUGAUGAGGGACUGCUCACUCGGCUUGGGCGCAGGAUGGCAGAAUUCCCCUUGGAGCCCAUGUUGUGUAAGAUGUUGAUCAUGUCUGUACAUCUGGGAUGCAGUGAGGAAAUGCUGACCAUAGUCUCCAUGCUGUCUGUACAGAACGUGUUCUACAGGCCAAAGGAUAAACAAGCACUUGCUGAUCAGAAGAAAGCCAAGUUCCAUCAGACAGAAGGUGACCACCUCACUCUGCUGGCUGUGUACAAUUCCUGGAAGAAUAAUAAGUUUUCAAAUCCCUGGUGCUAUGAAAAUUUUAUCCAGGCCCGAUCCCUACGCAGGGCGCAGGACAUCCGCAAGCAGAUGUUGGGCAUUAUGGACAGGCACAAGCUGGAUGUGGUAUCCUGUGGGAAGGCAACAGUUCGAGUCCAGAAGGCCAUCUGUAGUGGCUUCUUCCGAAACGCAGCAAAGAAGGAUCCCCAGGAAGGUUAUCGGACACUCAUUGAUCAACAAGUAGUCUAUAUCCACCCAUCCAGUGCUCUCUUCAACAGGCAACCAGAAUGGGUGGUGUAUCAUGAACUGGUACUGACCACCAAGGAAUAUAUGCGUGAAGUGACAACUAUUGAUCCUCGCUGGCUGGUGGAGUUUGCACCAGCUUUCUUCAAGGUUUCUGAUCCAACCAAGCUGAGCAAACAGAAAAAGCAGCAACGGCUGGAGCCCCUGUACAACCGCUAUGAGGAGCCCAACGCUUGGAGGAUAUCGCGUGCGUUCAGACGGCGGUGA